UGGGAGGGAGAAGGAGGCGGAGAACCAGAAAGAAGAGGAGGGAGGAGGAGGAGGCGGGGAGGAGGGGCCAGCGAGGGGCGGGAUUCGCGGGAGACUCGUAGUAGACCUGUCGAGUACUUGUCAAACUGGAGGCUCAGAAGGUGCAGGAAAUGACGUUCGUUCACUGAAGACAGGAUGUCUGAACACAAGCCAAGAGCAUACCAACUUGAGCUCUACGAACAUGCCAAGAAACAAAAUUCCGUCCUUGUCUUGGGGACUGGCUCAGGCAAGACCUUUAUCUCCAUACUGCUCAUCAAAGAACUUGGCCACCAGGCUUGCUGCUUUUAUGUGACUUUCUUGCAUGCCUCCAAUCCUUUUGCAGCCUUGUUGCAGAAGUCUUUUUAUUCAAGCUUGUCCAUAUGGUGUUCAUUGUACAAAUGCAAGAGUCAAUCAUCAACAUCAUCCUAUUCACUGAUUCGAUCAGAGAAUGAAAAUAGGAAGUGGACAGUGUUUGUUGUUACUACUGUUCCCUUGGUAUACCAGCAAGGGCUUGCCAUACAGCAACACACUCCCUUCAAUGUUGGUUUCUAUGAAGGCUCCAGAGGAGUGGACGGAUGGGGAGAGAAAGAGUGGGAAGAAGAAUUAAAAAAUCAUGAAGUGCUGGUGAUAGUUGCACAAAUAUUCCUUGAUCUUUUAAACUCUUCCUACUUGUCAUUGGAGAACAUAAAUCUCAUUAUUUUUGAUGAGUGCCAUCAUGCUACAGGAAAUCACCCCAUGAGGGAAGUUAUGAGAACAUUUAAUUCUCGUAAGGAGAAGGAAUCUGGUGCUACCAUGCCUAGAAUAGUAGGACUCACAGCAUGUGCUAUUCAUAAGAACUGCAAGUGUGAAAAUGUGGAAAAUGAAAUAAGAGAACUAGAGACAACACUGCAAUCCACUUUAGUGACUUCAGUAGAUACUCAGGCAGUAAAAGAACACACCACAGCACCCAAGGAAAUAAUUGUUUCAUUUGGUGCCAGUGAGCCUUCAGAUUAUGGUGAAAGCAUUGCAGCACAGUUGAAAGGAAUUGAAUGUGAAUUAGAUGAAAAUGAAAAAAUCAGUAAAAGGUACCUAAAGCCUUUGAAAAGAAAAAUAAGUAACAUUGUUCAAAUCAUUUAUCAUCUUGGAGAUUGGUUUGGAGCCAGAGCUGUGAAAUAUGAAAUGGAAAAUUUUGAAGAGGCUGAAGAUAGUGAAGAAAUUCCUGAUGUAAGGGAUUUAAAGAAAACUCUAUGCCAGAGAUUAGAAUUAAUCUAUAGAUAUUGUCUUGAACAGGAGAAGCAGAUGUCCAACCCUUUGGCUCACAUAACUCUGAAGGUUCAAAGGUUGCUUGACAUGUUAUGUGAAUGUAGAAAUGAUAAGUAUGGACUUAUCUUUGUGGAGAGGAGGAACACAGCAAAAUUGUUAUAUGACUUUCUCAAGACACUUUCUUUGAUGAAUGAGGAUCUUGCUUUCAUUAAGCCUGCAUAUCUUAUUGGUGCCAAUGCUGGGUAUUCAAUUGACAUCAAAUUGAUACAGAAUGAACUUAGAAAACAAAGGGAAACUCUGGAAGCUUUUGCUAGAGGUGAUACAAAUUUUCUAAUUUCAACAAGUAUAUGUGAAGAAGGUCUUGAUGUCAGAAAAUGCAACAUAGUGAUUCGCUUUGAUGAGCCAAUGAACUUUCGUUCCUAUGUGCAGUCCAGAGGGAGGGCACGAGCUAUUCCAUCAAGGUAUGUCCUCAUGACAGAAGAUAGUAAUGUGGAGGGCCUUCUAGGUAAUAUAGCAUCAUAUAGAAAAAUUGAAGCUGCAUUAUCCAAGAUAUGCCACAACCGGCAGUUACCCACAGACAUGGAAAUAAGUGCUCAUUUUGCAGAAGAUGAAAUAAUGGCUCCAUAUGAGCCAUAUGGCCAUGAUGGCCCUAGAAUUACAUUCAACUCUGCUAUACAGCUCAUCAACAGGUAUUGUGGAAAAUUACCUCAAGACAAAUUUGCUGAGCUAAUGCCAUCUAUUGGCUAUGAUAAAAAGAAGGAAGAUGGGGAAACAAUGGUGAAAGCAAAAAUCCAGUUACCCAUUAAUUCAUGUUUGAAAACCCCUGUAGAGGGAGAUUGGAUGACAAACAGGGUGCAUGCCAAAAAGAGUGCAGCUAUGGCACUCUGUAUAAAACUUCAUCAAAUCAAAGAAUUAAAUGAUCACCUGCGUCCAGAAGGAAAACCAGAUGAUAGUAUCCUGGAUGACUUACUAGAAAUACCACCAGAGGUCAGUAGCAGAGAUGGCAUGAAUGAACCAGGCACUAAGAAGCGCCGUCAGAUAUACAGGAAAGAGAUGUGCGAAGCCUUUUCUUCCAUGAGUGGUAGCUUCAAGCUCUAUUCAGUCACUGUGCAGUCCAGUGAAUCUACAUCCAGUGAGAUUGCCAUUGACUCUGCGGCAAAAAGUAUGUCAGUAGGCUUACUGUGUCAACAUGCACUGAGUUCCCAACCAUUUCCGUUGUACUCCUCCAAGUGGAAUGAAGUGGUUGUUAGAAUCCAGCUGAUAAAAGACGACUUGCUGCUUGAUUGUGAAACAGUCAACCAGAUAAAGCAUUUCCACAAGGUUGUAUUUGAAACUUUGCUUGGCAUCAACCAAUCUCUCUUUGAUUAUUUGCCACAACAAACAGGUUUAUUCCUUUUGCCCAUGAGUGGAAACAGCAUUGACACUUCCCUCCUCCAACACAUAGCAUCCUUGGACUCACUAAGAAUGCAUGAGAAGAGUUCACAUGUUGAUAUUUUCAACUUUGAAAGGUCUGCUUUUGAGGAUUCUGUCAUUUACCCUCUCUAUAAACCUGUGUCAGAAACAAUGUUCUACGUCACAGAAAUUCAUGACAACAUGAAUCCUCUAGAUCCUUUCCCAAAUACAGGGAAACAAUUCACUUCCUAUGAACACUAUUUCCUGUCUGAAUAUAAAAGGAAGAUAACUAACAAAAAUCAACCACUGGUAACUGCAAAGCAUUUGCCUACAGAUCUUAAUUUUUUGAAACAAAGAACCACAAAGCAAUCCAAGAAAAAGUCAGGAAGUGAUCCCCCCAAAUAUGUGCCAGAACUGUGUGGUGUUUUGCCUAUCAAAGCUUCUCUGUGGUGGCAAAUUAUGUUACUACCAUCUGUACUCCAUCGCCUCAAUAGCUUGCUUGUGGCAAAUGACUUGAAGAAGAUGACUUUCCCCUAUAUGCAAACAUCCAACAAGAAAUCUAGUGAGUGCAACAUCUUGGAUUUUGAUUGGUUAAGAAAGUUCAUUAAAGAAAUAGUGCGGCCUCCAGGAAGCAAUCUGUCAGUCAUUCUAGCUGAAUCUACAUUUAAACCCAUUCAGACUUUCAUGAUGCUGAAUGCACUCACUCUGCGAGGAGCAAAUGACAACUUUGAUGCAGAAAGACUGGAAGUACUGGGCGACUCGUUCCUUAAAUUUAUUGUUGCUGAGUAUCUAUUUCUUAAGUUUUCUGAUGACCAUGAAGGUAAACUCUCUGAGCGACGCAGCAAGUUAGUGUGCAACAGAACUUUGUACACCUUGGGAAAGGCAAAGCAGAUACCAGAGAGAAUUCAGAGCAUGAGCCUUAACCCAGCUCUGAAUGGCAUCAUGCCAGGCUUUGUACUCAAAGCUGAAGUGGAACAGAAGUUGCGGGAACUUGGUGCUCCUGCAGACAUGUGGACAAGAUUUGGUGAGACCACCGAGGAAGAAUUUGAAAAGGAAGUUAGGAUGAAACAGGAGGAUGGUAAAGGUCAGACAUCAUGCUACAAGCCCUGGACAGAACAUGAGCUUGGAGAUAAAAGUGUAGCGGACAGUGUUGAGGCCCUGAUUGGUGUCUGCCUGGUAGUUGGUGGCAGUGAGGCAGCCAUUGCCUUCCUUCAUAACUUGGGCAUUGGUGUCUCGAAAGGCACUUCACUGCUGAAGAUGAAGUUACCUGUAAAGUCGGCCAUGCUAAGUGAUGAGAGGGAAGCAAAAGAAGAAGUUCAGAGGUACUACAAAAAGAGUUGCUUGGACAAGCUAGAGAAGAAGAUUAAUUACACAUUCAGAGACAAAAGUAUUCUUGUGCAGGCUGUCACUCACAGCUCCUAUAGCCAGAACAGGGUGACAGACUGCUAUCAAAGGCUUGAGUUCCUAGGUGAUGCUGUUUUGGACUACCUGGUAACAGGAAUGAUAUUCACAUCUGACAAGAGUUACAACCCUGGGCAAUUGACUGAUCUCAGAUCAUACUACGUAAAAAAUGAAACUUUGGCCCAAGUUUCUGCCAAAUAUAAGUUGCAUCACCAUUUGCUACACCUGGCUCCCAAGCUUCAGGCCUCUAUUGAUAAGUACUUAAGCCUAUUUCAAGCUGGACUUGGUAAAGAGGAGGAACUUUUUACUGAAGAUGAUGUAGAGGAUGGCAUGGAUGAUCUGACAGAUGUUGAUGUGCCCAAGGCUCUGGGAGACCUGGUGGAGGCUCUUAUUGGAGCGGUUUACUUGGACAGCGGCAGAUCCCUUCAGCAAGCAUGGGCUGUGGUGACCCUCCUUAUGGAUGAUAUAAUAAAAGAAACGCUAACUGACAUUCCUAUGAACUGUAUUCGGAAGCUGUAUGAGAAGGUACCCAGUGGAGUCCAGUUCGUCAAGUUACCCAUGGAGGAGGAGGAGGAUGCCAUGGCAAAAUAUGAAGUUAGGAUAAAGGGCUUCCCUCCAUUCGUUGUGUGUGGCAAGAAUUAUAAAGUAGCAAAGACUGCAGCUGCAAAAAGAGGACUUUGGAUGCUUAAGAAGAAAGAAAAGGAACUGAAUACUGAAGGAGAAAGAAAAGGAUGAGGCACUUCAGCUGUUUCACAAUGAUUAUGUAUGAAGUCAUUCUUUGGUUUUAAGUAACAAUAACAUUUGUUUAACCUAAGGGCUAAGAAUGCAGGCCUAUAUUACGUUGCCUGUUGUAGGAGGUGAUUUAAAGGGAUGUAGGUUUUACCUCACUUUUAUUUAUUUAUUUAUUUAUUUAUUUUUUUUUACAACAGGAGACAGCUCAAGGACACACAAAAAAAGGAAACAAUAAUAAAAAAAAAGCCCGCUUCUCGCUGCUCCUAAAAAAGAAUCAAAAGAGGUGGCCGACAGAGAGGUCAAUUUCGGGAGGUGAGGUGUCCUGAUACCCUUCUCUUGAAAGAGUUCAAGUCGUAGGCGGGAGGAAAUACAGAUGAAGGAAGAUUGUUCCAGAGUUUACCAGCGUGAGGGAUGAAAGAGUGAAGAUGCUGGUUAACUCUUGCAUAAGGGGUUUGGACAGUACAGGUAACUCUCGAUUUACGCGAGUAUUGUCUCCUUGAAGAGGUCGCGUAAAUCAAAAACAAUGUAAAUAAAACAAGAGGUAGGGCUGUACCUUUAUUGCCUACUGUAUCACUCUGACUCCUCUCCCUCUCAUGGUUCCUCCUCUGGCUGCCCUUCCCCUCGUGGUAGUAUAGCAGCAAGGGUGUUGUUGUUGUUGAGUAGCGUGGGUACUGUAUUGUUGUUCAAGUAGCAUGCGGGAAGAACUGAGCUCAGCCGUGUGGCCGCGGCGCCGUGUGACUCCAGUUGCGUGAGACAUCUGGUGGCCACUCCAUAAAAUAUCGCGUAUAAGUGAAAAAAAAUGUGUAAAUUAAACAUUUAUUUGGAUUUUGGACCCUGCGUUACUUAAAAAACGUGUAAACCAAACUUGCGUAAAUCGAGAGUUACCUUUAUAGGGAUGAGCAUGAGUAGAAAGUCGUGUGCAGCGGGGUCACGGGAGGGGGGGAGGCAUGCAGUUAGCAAAUUCAGAAGAGCAGUCAGCGUGGAAAUAUCGAUAGAAGAUGAGAGGCAACAUCGCGACGGAAUUCAAGAGGUAGAAGACUAUCAGUAGGAGGAGGAGAGCUGAUGAGACGAAGAGCCUUAGACUCCACUCUGUCCAGAAGAGCUGUGUGAGUGGAGCCCCCCACACGUGAGAUGCAUACUCCAUACGAGGGCGGACAAGGCCCCUGUAUAUGGAUAGCAACUGUGCGGGGGAGAAGAACUGGCAGAGAUGAUACAGAACGCCCAACCUCGAGGAAGCUGAUUUAGCGAGAGAGUAGAUGUGAAGUUUUCAGUUGAGAUUUUGAGUUAAGGAUAGACCGAGGAUGUUUAGUGUUGAAGCUGGUGAUAGCUGAGUGUUGUCGAAGAAUAGGGGAUAGGUGUUUGGAAGAUUGUGUCGAGGUGAUGGGUGGAGAAAUUGAGUUUUUGAGGCAUUGAAGGACAGAAGGUUCCUUCUCCCCCAAUCGGAAAUGAUAGCAAGGUCUAAGGUUAAGCGUUCUGCAGCCUCCAGUCUGGAGUCGUGUACUUCCUGUUGUGAUGGUCUUCUAUUGAAAGAAGUUGAAUAAUGCAGAGUGGAGUUGUCGGCGUAUGAGUGGACAGGACAGUUUGUUAUGGAAAGAAGAUCAUUGAUGAAUAACAGGAAGAGAGUGGGUGAUAGGACAGAGCCCUGUGGAACACCACUGUUGAUAGGUUUAGGGGAAGAACAGUGACCGUCUACCACCGCAGAGAUAGAACGCCCGGAAAGGAAACUGAAGAUAAAAGAACAGAGAGAGGGAUAGAAUCCGAAAGAGGGCAGUUUAGAAAGCAAAGACUUGUGCCAGACUCUCUCGAAGGCUUUCGAUAUGUCUAGCACAACAGAGAAAGUUUCACCGAAACGGCAAAGAGAGGAUGACCAAGAGUCAGUUAAGAGAGCAAGAAGAUCGCCAGUAGAACGCCCCUUGCGGAACCCAUACUGGCAAUCAGAUAGAAGGUUCGAAGUGGAAAGGUGCUUUUGAAUCUUCUGGUUAAGGAUUGAUUCAAAAGCUUUAGAUGUACAUGAAAGUAAAGCUAUAGGGCAGUAGUUUGAGGAAUUGGAGCAGUCACCCUUCUUAGGCACAGGCUGUACAAAGGCAUACUUCCAGCAGGAAGGAAAGGUAGAUGUUGAUAGGCAGAGACAAAAGAGUUUGACCAGGCAAGGUGUCAGCACGGAAGCACAGUUUUUAAGGACAAUAGGAGGCACCCCAUCAGGUCUAUAAGCCUUCUGAGAGUUGAGGCCAGAGAGGGCAUAGAAAACAUCAUUUUAAUUGAUGUCAGUAGCCUCAGAAACCUGUGUUUCGGUGAGGAAGAGAAGAUGAGGUUUAGAGGAGGAGAGAUGGUGUUCCACAAUGAAAAUUAGAGCGAAGACCACGAAUGUUGCAGAAAUUGAUAAGGAGGAGGUUCGAGGAGUUAUCAGGACACCUCUCAAGUUGGCAGCCAGAAGGGGAGUCCUCCCUGGGGGAAUUUGUCCCCCCCCCCAGGCGGGGACUCCGAGGCAGUGUUAUUUUUUCGCCAUUUUGAAUUUUGGGAAAAGGUGUGUGUUGUGUGAAUGUAGUGUGGUGUAGAGAGAGGAACUGUCUUUAGAGAGCAUGCUGAACUGCUCUCUGGUGUUGAUGAGACGAAGGGAAAUGGUUAGUAAGGACAUGGGAAGGGUCUUUGGAGGGCUUCAGCACCCUCCUCGCUUCCCGUAUAUCCUCACCGGGAGUAGCUCACGCCCGUUCGGUAGGUGUCUUCCUACCUCCUCCUACUAAAUGAACCUUUCCCUUCAAAUGUUUUAGUUUUUAACACUUGCCUGAAUCUUUUAAGGUAGUGCCAAACCCGCCUGAUGGGCGAGCCUCCCAUAACUCACUCUGCAAGUGGCUGACUGAUUAAGGAAUGGCUUUCCCAUCUCGCUGGUCGCUGGUUCAAUCCCCGGCGCCGAUGAAACCCUUUUCUGGUCUGGAUUAAUUUCUCAUGUAUUUUGUGACAUGCUGUGGUAAUGUGAAGAUAUAGCAAAGUGGGAAUUCGUGCAGUACAAUAGCAAAGUAAAUAUCCUUGUUUUUAUAAUGAAAGAUAGUUGUUCUUUUAUUUUCUUCUGUAAUCAUUGAACAAAGACUUCUAGAUGAGUAAGAAACCAGGUUUAUAUAUAUAUAUAUAUAUAUAUAUAUAUAUAUAUAUAUAUAUAUAUAUAUAUAUAUAUAUAUAUAUAUAUAUAUAUAUAUAUAUAAAAUAGUAUUUUUUAUAUCUGCUGGUUAAAUGGAAAUAUUUAGAAGAAAAAACUACUUGUUUUAAUAUUAAGGAUAGCUAAUGUUUUUUGUUUUCAUCUGACUACAGUAGAACCUCGUUUACCCGGCAUCCAACACAACGACACCCUCAAAACAAUGGCAUGAGUUUGAUCUGCCGUUGUUUUAACAGUGUUGUCAUAAAGAAAAUUUCAGUCCCGCUAGAUUCACCCCCCAAAAUCAGAUCAGAGGCGCAAAUCGCGAGAUUUUAAGUACAAGUAACGCUCGAUUUACGCGAGUAUUGUGUCCUUGAAGAGGUGGCGUAAAUCAAAAACUAUGUAAAUCAAACAAGAGGUAGGUUUGUACCUUUAUUGCCUACUGUAUCCCUCUCGUGGGUCCUCCUCUGGCUGCCCUUCCCCUCGUGGUGGCACAGCAGCGAGGGUGUUGUUGUUGUUGAGUAGCGUGGCAGUGUGGGUACUGUAUUGUUGUUCAAGUGGUGCGCGGGAAGAACUAAGCUCAGCUGUGUGGCCGCGGCGCCGUGUGAGUCCAGUUGCGUGAGACAUUGGUGGCCACUUCAUAAAAUAUCGCGUAUAAGUGGAAAAAAAACGUGUAAAUAAAACAUUUAUUUGGAUUUUGGACCCCGCGUUAUUUAAAAAACGCGAAAACCAAACUCGCGUAAAUCGAGAGUUAUCUGUAAUACAAUAAUAAUACCCUCCAAAAAUGUCUUAAAUAUUCAUUUUUACUAAAAUGCUAACUGUUAGAUAGCAAAUUUCCUUGCUAGAACGUUACCCAAAAUUUCUAGAUUUAGCGGGAAAAUUGCUAAAAUGGCAACACUGGUUGGUUAUGCCAGGGCCACCAAAGCGGAGUUGGCAACUAUGCGCCAUUGAACAUUGUCAGCUGUUCAUCCUCCACUAUCUAUGAGUUAUGGCAAUUCUAUGGGAGUAUGUCUCAAAAUAAUGGCAAAACGGAUUAUCCGGCACGAGCUUCCCCCCGUUCGUACCAGAUAAACGACGUUCUUCUGUACUUGAUACAAAAUUGCUGAUUAGUUUGUAAAAUAGUAGUAAAUAGAUACGAUUAUUUCAGGAUAUGUACAAUAAACUCCUACUUUAACAGACUAAUAGGGGGUAAAGUGUGUUUAUGCAGAAAGUGUUGAAUGUAUUAAAUACUGUACUUGCUGGUGUCGAAGGCGCACUGGUGCUGAAGAGGCGCCGAAGUGCUUGAUUUUGGAAGAAAAAAAUCUGAUUUUUAGCUAUCUUAAUAAGAUAUUUUGUUGGUGGUUUUAUUACUUGUACAUGUCUACCAUAUACUAAUGGACAAGCACCAUAUUGUGAUAUAUGUACCAUACAAUACACAAUAACCAUUCUGUAACAACUCUAAAAGCUUUGUUUACCACUGGUUAGUCAUUGUUUAGCAAUCAGUGCCAGUGACCGAUGGCCAAUGGCAUGUUGCUAUUGAAAGAAUGCACUAAAGCACCAAGUGAACCUACUGAACACAAGACGAACGAACACCAACUGAACCAAAGUGUGCCAUUACAAAUGAGACCCUGGGGUCGCUAACUCCCACACUAAGACCAAAAGCAUCUAAACAGUAAUAUUGGCUGCCGUAAGUGGCCAUCAUGACAGAACACUGCUUAUAGGCCUAGAUUAGGCGUACAGAUAAUUCAACAUUCGGCUUUGAAGAUACAUCCCCAUUUUUUCUAAGUAAUAUUUCUAGAAAAAAGUGCGUCUAUGACACUGGCAAAUAUGGUAAUAUUUGAUCUAUAUCUUGAGUAUAAAUUCAUUUUUCCAUGGUGAACAUUGUCACAGUACCUAGCCCAGUUUGCCGUCCCCACUUUGUUUACAAAAAGUAGGCCAGCCACUUAUGUGCCUUAUUGUCCUCAUUGUUGGUUUGGAUAUAAAUGGUCCUUAUCCAGCUUCCAUUCCCAUAUCCACAAACUCCCUAAUUGCUAGUGAUCGCUGGAUACUUUAAAUAGGACUCAGUACAGAGCUUCAUGUCAGGUCAAGAAGACUUGAGAUGCAAAUAUAUUGUGUUCCAUCUCAAGAGGCUGAAUGACCUAGCAUGUGCUCAAGAGUAUGCAGUGACAGUCUCAAAUUGGUUCAAUGUGCUCAGCACCUUUGAGAACCCCGAAGAACUUUGGGAUACCUUUAGAUGUGAGACUUUGAGCUGCCAAGUGGUGCAUUGGUGAGUGUAGUAGUGCUUGUCCAGUUUCUUCACCAUGAAUGUGGGAGUGAGGCAAGGCUGUGUCCUUGCCCCAUCACUUUUCAACACUUGCUUGAACAUUCAAGUUUGAAAUUUCACACUUCCAUAUGAUUUUAAAAUGUACUAGAAUAUUACAACAACUAGACAUGUUGAAGAAUGAUAAUAAAGAAAUAUGAUGCA